AUGCCAUGCACGCGCCGCCGCCGGGUGGUGCAGCAGGCAGAGCACGCGAAUGGCCUCCCGCCGUCGCCGAUGGCCGUCACCCGCGGCCGGAUCAGCUCCAUUAUUGACCUUCUCCCGCCUGAUCUGAUGCCCCUGAUCGAGCGCCACCUCGGCUUCGUCGACCGUCUCGCCUUCGCCACGGCCUGCGGCGCCACGCCGCGCCGCCUGCUGAAGCCGGGGCUGCCGUGGCUCGUCAUCCAGUACAAGGCCCCCGAAAAGGCGGCGACGCUCUUCUCCCCCGCCGACCGGUGCGCCGUCGCCGUCCGAUCCCCCGGCCCGUCCAUGCACGGGCACGCCGUCUCCAUGGGUUCCUCGGGCGGGUGGCUUGCCACCGCCGACGCGCGCGGGGGCCUGCACCUCGCACGCCCGGUCACCGGCGAGCAGGCGGAGCUCCCGGCCAUCACCACCAUCCCUUUCGUCCGCCCGGUGGACUCCGACGGCCGCUCGUUCUCCGUCGACAGGAUGGCCUUCAUGCGGACUCGGGUCGUCCUCUCCGUCUCCGGCGCCUCCCCGCGCCAUGGUAGCAGCUACGACGCCGCCAUGCUCAUCUUGGACAUGCACCACGGCUUCCCGGCCUUCGCGUCGGCCGAGGACCCCGUGUGGAGGCUGGCAUCCUCCCGCGCCGGCAUCGAGGACGCGAUCCACCACGCUGGCCGGUUCUACUCCGUCACGUACGCCGGCGAGGUCGAGGUGUGGGAGCGCCACCGGUGA